AUGAAGUAUUCAUUCACGCUUGUUACCCUGGCUGCUGGCAUCAGCCAGGUCACGGCCACGGGCUUCUUCGGAUUUCACAAUGCCCCCCAAUUCAGCUGCCCCGAUAACACGGACAACGUGUGUAUCCCCGACAUCGUAAAGGGUAUCGACUGGUCCGACCUCCCCUUCGGUGGAUUCGACGCAUACAAGGGAUUCAAGUGGAGCGGCUUCACUUGCGGCGAGAAGUUCGGCAAGCGGGAUGAGCUGACUGCCCGGACUUUCCAGAGCAAGUGCAUUACCGGCAAGGCUCACCAGGACAAGGGAAAGAGCCCCAAGAUCAGCUGUGACAACAGCAAGGGUGUCAAGAAGACCUCCAUCAAGAAGUUCCAGGUUUCCCCCGAGUUCGACUGUGACUUGGAGUUCCACUACACUAUGCCCGACGGAUCUGCUUGCAAGCACCGAUCUUCUUGCAAGGCUUCCGGUACCGUCGUCGAGAACACCCAGUGCGGUGGUGCUACCGACGUCACUGUCGUCUACCCUAAGCAGCCUUCUAAGCCUAAGGACUCUUGCGACUUCGGCAUCCACCACAUCGACUUCGACUGCGAGGCCCCUAAACCCCCUAAGCCCUCUACUCCCUCCAGCAGCUCCGUUGUCGUGAGCAGCAGCGUCUCUAGCAGCCUCCCCAGCAGCUCUGCUGUCGUAAGCAGCAGCUCCGUUGCCGUAAGUAGCAGCGCCUCGUACCCUGCUAGCAGCCUCUCUACUAGCUCUGUUGCUGUAAGCAGCAGCGCGUCUGAAUCGUCUGUCGUCGCCUCUUCCAGCUCUGCCAGUGUCUUCGAGUCGACUAGCUCCUCGUCUGCCACCACUAGCAUUCCCAUUGGUGUUUCGUCCACCGUCAGCGUCCCCGCUGGAAGCGCCAGCACUUCGGCGCCUACCCUCCCUUACCCCGUUGUCAACAGCACUACCUCUGCUACUGAGGCCACCAGCUCUACCGCUGAUGUCUCUUCUUUCUCUGUUACCAGCUACUUGACUACUUCUACUGUUUUCACUACCUCGGUCCAGACCAUCACUAGCUGUGGUCCUUCUGUUCCCAACUGCCCUGCUGGCUCGAACACGGUUGUUACCGUUACCGUCCCCCUUUCUACCACCAUCUGCCCUGUUACCGAGACUAUUGGUGUCUCUACCCCGGCUGUCUCUACCCCCGCUACCAAGCCUACUGAGUCUGCCGCCAAGCCCACCGAGUCCUCCGUGGAGUCGACUCCUACUGGCCCCUCUGGUACUUCCCCUGCUUCCAGCAGCAGCAGCACCCCUGCCGGCCCGGUUGAGACUCUCCCUUGCCCUAACGUUGUUCCCUCUUGCUUGAACACCUGGAUGUUCAGCGUUGGCUGCAAGGAUAACACCGACUCUGCCUGCUACUGCCCUGACGCUAGCUUCGUCAAGAACAUCUUCACCUGCCUGUACGCCCACGGCGAGUCUGAUGAGGUCAUCUCUGAGGCUAUCAGCUACUUCCAGGGUAUCUGCGCUCCUUUCGUGCCCAGCAACCCCGGUAUUGCCACUGGUGCUGAUACCAUCACCACCAUCCUCACUGCUACCCCUACUGCUCCCCCUGCUGCUGUCACCACCAUCGAGGUUGCCACCACUGUUGUUGUUCCUUGCACCAACGAGGCUGGUGAGACUAUCCCCAGCUCCAGCAGCACUGUGACCAUCAGCACCAGCUUGACCGUCCCCGGUAUCGUCUUCAGCACCGCUACCAACGGCCCUAGCUCCACCGGUGUUGUUGUCGUCCCUGGCACUUACGUCGCUACCGUCCCGGUUGCUACUCCUACCGCCGAGACUCCGGCCCCGACUGGUGCUGCCCCUUACCCUACUCUGGGUGGCUCCUCGACCCUGGUCACCGCUGCCCCCUCCGGCACUGGUGUCGUUUACCCAACCUCGGCCCCGAGCAGCUCGGUGAUCUUCACCGCCGGCGCUGCCCACGUCGGUGCCGGUAUGGGCCUUCUCGGCUUCGCCGGUAUGGUCGUCGCCGCUGCCCUAUAA